AUGUUCCCCUCUCAAGAAUCCUUAAAGAAGAACUUCAUUGUCCCUUCUCCUGCUGGUGAUGUUGCUGCUCCUACUGGUGCUAACCUCUACGCUCGUUUCGCCAUUGCCGGUGCCAUCUGUUGUGGUGUCACUCACGGUGCUAUAAUCCAAUUGUCUCCCGAGAUUUACAACAAGGGUAUGAUUGCCGGUUUCCGUCAAGUCGUUGCCGCUGAAGGUGCUGGUGCUCUUUUGACCGGUUUCGGUCCUACUGCUGCCGGUUACUUCUUGCAAGGUGCCUUCAAGUUUGGUGGUUAUGAAUUCUGGAAGAAGACCUUUAUCGAUUUGGUUGGUGCUGAGAAGGCCUCUGAGAACCGUACUGCCAUCUAUCUCGGUUCUUCUGCUAUCGCCGAAUUCUUCGCUGAUGUUGCUCUCUGUCCUUUGGAAGCUACUCGUAUUCGUCUCGUCUCUCAACCUACUUUCGCUACUGGUCUCCUCAGUGGUUUCACCAAGAUUUUGAAGGAAGAGGGUGCUAUUAAGGGUUUCUACUCUGGUUUCGGUCCCAUCUUGUUGAAGCAAGUUCCUUAUACCAUGGCCAAGUUCGUCGUCUUUGAACGUACCACUGAACUCAUCUUGAAGCAAAUUGGUACCCCCAAGGACCAACUUGCUCCCUCCACUAUGACUACUGUCAACCUCGGUUCUGGUAUUGUUGCCGGUACCGUUGCUGCCAUUGUCUCUCAACCUGCUGAUACCUUGUUGUCCAAGAUCAACAAGCAAAAGGGUGCUGCUGGUGAGUCUCUCACCUCUCGUCUCGUCUCCAUGGCUGGUCAACUCGGUUUCAAGGGUCUCUUCUUGGGUCUCGGUCCCCGUAUUGUCAUGGUUGCUACUCUUACUGCUGGUCAAUUCGCCAUCUAUGGUGAUAUUAAGCGUGUUUUGGGUGCCACUGGUGGUGUUGAGAUUGCCAAAUAA